AUCAGGUAGCUACAGCAAUGAGCUACGCACUGACAGUCUGUGGUUGAAUUGCAGAGGUGUGUUGAUGACAAAUCUGCCAAACUAUCAGUGACUUUCUAAAAAAAGACCUCUGCGGCGAAACCGAUCUGAAUCUGAUUACACCACAUCAAGGAGUUUGGUCAGGCCAAAGCCUAGGGAUUGGCAGGCAUUGAUUAUGGCUCUGUCGUUCCUUCUGGUCUUGGCUGCAACUGUGAUUCUGAUCAGACCCGAGACACCUGUCACUAAGGCUUUACAUCAGAACUCGCUUGAGUGCUGCAGCGAGAAACAGAGAGGGAACAAUUCAUGUUCGAAUGACACCCACUGUGAGCCAGGAUGCUUCUUGCGUGUCCUUGAGAACAGCAACACUGUCUGCAUAUUCUGUGACUCAGCAGCUGUGGAUUUGGAUAACAUAACAGUCUGCACCUACAACUAUACAUUGGAGAGGAAAAAUCACACAACUGUAACCACUGUCAUUCCAAAAAUUGGAGGGCCAGGUGUGGCAGCCUCUCUUCUUCUGGGAACACUGUUGAUCAGCCUGUUCCUGAUCCUCUCUGUUGCCUCCUUUUUCUACCUCAAACGCUCCAACAGACUCCCAAACAUCUUCUACCGCCGCAACAAAGCCUUCAUAUUCCAACCAAGUGAGACAGCUGUAAUGAUCCCCUCCUCGACAGUGAGGAAGCCAAGAUAUGUCAGAAGGGAGCGGCCCGCUGCAACCGCCGUACCUACCACAUCCACCACCCAGGUUUAUAAUGUGUAGGAGGAGGAAGAGUAGGAGGAGGGGAGGGAGUGCUGGUAGGAGAGAACGCUCAGGAACGAUGUAAGGUUUUCUUCUUAUCAUGUGAAGGUUCAGCAGUGUGAAGAACACCAGGUGGCUUGUACUGUACGUAGGUAGCCAUAUUUAACUGAAGCUGCUUAUGCUGCAUUAUUGUCACUCGGGCUGUUACUUUUCCUCUAUUUUACAAGAGUGUGGGCUGUAUUAAAAAAGCCUUCUUGACACAGUCUCUAUGACUAAUUUAUGUUAAAUGUGUUUUUUUUACAAAACUAGUUUCAGUAUUUCUCUGUACGUUUUAAACCUUACAGGCUGGUUUGUGUUUAUUUUACACAGGCAUGCAGCACUGUAGGUUCACUCCGUUUGUUUUUACAAGUUAACACUGUUAUUAUCCAUCUGCUGUUUGAACUGUGUCAUCAGUUUACUUAUUUGGAUGGUUUCGAUAUGUGGACCUGUCGAAUUAAGAAAUGUUUUGACAUUAAGCUUCUUCUCAUCUUAUUGACAUGUGUUAUCUCUUUUAAAAUGUGUAUAACAACUGACAUGGGAAAACUUUUCCACUUGGUACGGGUCCCACUACUUGUGAAUUAUCGCUUUUACACUUUGGUUUUUUGAUUUAUCGAACAAUAUUAAAGUUGUGAUGAGAGCUUAAAGGUGCUGGUGAGCAGAUCUGUUACCUUCAGACAAAGCCAGGCUAGCUGUUUGCAGCCGUAUGCUAAGCUACGCUAACCGGCUGCUGUCUAUAGCCAUAUUUCUAACAGAUCUGACAGUGGUAUUGAUUUUCUUAUCUAACUCACUGCAAGAAGGCGGAUAAACUUAUUUUUUCUAAGGUCCAACUACUCCUUUUAAAGCAAAGAACUAUAAAGCCAGUGACCAAGUGACAGGGCUUUUUUAGGGGGGGGAACGUGACAGCCCAGUGACAUUUUAUAUUUUGCUAAAUAGAAUGUUAUUUACAUGUGUGAUAUUUAUUUACAUUUUGUAAAGUGCACUGAGGUUUACUGAUUACAAUCAGACCAACAGAAUAUAUGAUGUGUCAAAUAGCGGGGUAUUUUAGAGCGAGUUACUAAAGGCACUGUAUGGAUGAAUGUGUUAUUGCUUUAGUUUUUUUAUUAUUGCAUUUGUAUUUGUUGUUUUUGUGAGCUUAAUCAAGGUGAAUGUAUUACUCAUGAACAACGGCAUUGUGCAUCGCAUCAUACAUUUUGUUCCACAACAGACCCAGUCAAAUAUGAAAGAGUUGAAGAAUUUAAAGUUCAUAUUUUUAUAUAGGAAGGACUGUGAUCUGACAUUUAAAAUGCAUAUUUUUGUCCCUAAAGUACAUCUAGAUUCCAAUAGAUCUCUUUCCUUUAGGAAUAUAAAAUUACUGAAUCCUCGUGCACUUUAUUCAUCUGAGGUCAUCCUUUUAAAAGAAAAUCUCAAGACUAGUUGCCACCAAGUGUGAUUGUGAUUUGUGUUGUUGUUGUAUGGAUGGCAACAUAUUGCUGCAUUUUGAAUUUUACUUGACUUCUAUUAACUUUUUGCCAAAUGUUGUCUGAAGAAAACUGUGUGCCAUUACUGUGAUUACUGUGCCAUUAUCAGCUUUAAAACAGCCAGGAAACAUUUAAGAAUGAUGUGAGGAAUAAUUGGGUAUUUAAAUUAUAUCCAGUGGCCUUUACUGUACACUAUCCUAAAACGAGGCUAGAUAUCUAAGUUUUAUUUGCUAUUUAACUACAUAUAUUUCUGUAUGUUGACAACACUAAAGCAACAUGAAGUGAACCAGAUAAAAGGCAGCAAUCAUUCCAUGAAUAUUCCCCUUUUUGCUUGAUGUGUUUGACUUACAGACAAACAUUAGCUUGAAACAUGUACAUAUUGUUUUAUACAAAUAACGUAUUGCUUUUGUAAUGAGGUAAUGUACAUAUUCUAGUUUCAAUGCCAUGCAGAAUUAUGUUUGGAGAAAUAAAGCACCUUUCCAUAACCAUUGUUUCCCUCAGUUAAAUGAACUCACGCUGCUGUGUUUUCAUAUCGUUCAAAGACUAAUUUAAAAGUUGUUAUGUUUCUUUUAUGAUUACUGCUGCUAAUAAAUAAAGAGAAUAAAUAAUUCCUAA